UGGGCGGUUUCCACGGCAGCAGUGACUGAGAGCGCCGCGCCCGGUGCCGGGGGUCCCCUCUCCCCUUGCCCGGUGCUGGCGCUCCCCGCUCCCCUCGUCGGCGCCGGGGAUCUCCAUUGCCCUGCCCAGUGCCGGGGGUCCCCGCUCCCCUCAUCGCGCUGGGGGUCUCUAUUCCCCUGCCCGGUGCCGGGGGUCCCCUUUCCAUUCGCCAUGAUCGCUCCGGAGGUGGAGACAAAAGUGUCCCAGAAGUAUGAGAUCAAAAGGCGCUUGGGCAAGGGGGCUUAUGGCAUCGUAUGGAAAGCAAUUGAUCGCAGGACAGGAGAAAUAGUUGCUGUUAAAAAGAUCUUUGAUGCUUUCAGGAACAGAACGGAUGCUCAGAGGACGUUUCGAGAGAUCAUGUUCCUGCAGGAGUUUGGAGAACAUCCAAAUAUCAUCAAGCUGCUUGAUGUUAUCCGAGCUCAGAACGACAGGGACAUCUACCUCGUCUUUGAGUCCAUGGAGACAGAUUUGCAUGCUGUGAUUAAGAAGGGGAAUUUGCUGAAAGAUAUCCACAAGUGUUACAUUCUCUACCAGCUCCUGAAGGCAACUAAAUUCAUCCACUCAGGAAAUGUCAUUCACAGAGAUCAGAAGCCUUCCAAUAUCUUGCUGGAUGCAGACUGCUUUGUUAAACUCUGCGAUUUUGGGCUGGCCCGUUCUUUAUCUCAGACAAAUGAGGACCAAGGUGAACGUGCUCUCACGGAAUAUGUGGCAACACGCUGGUACCGAGCCCCCGAGAUCUUGCUUUCCUCUCACAGUUACACUAAAGGUGUAGACAUGUGGAGCAUUGGCUGUAUCCUGGGAGAGAUGCUUCUUGGGAAACCCCUUUUUCCUGGAACAUCAACAGUGAAUCAACUGGAGCAGAUCUUGAGGGUCAUUCCUGCCCCAUCCCCAGAAGAUAUUUUGGCUAUGCAGUCAGAUUACAGGGCCUCGGUUAUUAACCACAUUUGUUCCUGGCAGCGAGUGACAUUUGAGAAGAUUUUGCCAUCUUCGACUCCGUUGCCUGCCCUGGAUCUCCUGAAGAAGCUUUUAGUGUUCAACCCCGAGAAGCGACUCACAGCAGAGGAGGCUCUACAGCAUCCUUACUUGAGAAGGUUUCACUGUCCUGCCAGGGAGCCCUCUCUGGAUCAUGAUGUGAUUCUUCCUUUGGGUGAUGAUGUCCAGCUCUCUGUGAUGGAAUAUCGAAAUAAAUUAUAUGAGAUGAUCCUUGAGAAGAGGUUAAAUAGCCAUCCCAAGGAGCAAGCGUGGAGAGAGAGUGUUCACAUAAAUCAGCCUGAAUCCAGUCCGCUUCUUCCCCAUUCCAGCUCUGUGCCUUCACCUACCAGGAAAGGACAGAGAGAAACAAUUCCGCCUCUUCAGAAGACCUCCCCUGUGCAUGCUGGAGCUACAAGUGUCCUGCCAGAAGCUUCGGGCCAGACCAAGGACUUGGCCAGAGUUGUGUGUCAGAGAGCACAGAUCAACGUGAUGUACAACCCCAUAACGCAUGCAGUUGUUCAGAGUAACGCGGAUCCUGGUGUUGCGAUCAGGAGCUGUUCUGCACCACCUUCCCAAAAGGCCAUAACCUCCAACAACGGGAAGCUCUGCAGACCAAUCACAUGGGCAAAUGCAAACACUCGGCCAGCUCCUACAAGUGUGCAGAACCAUUGUAAUAAUCCAAGGAACAAUCAGUUUCUCAGUAAAGAUGCUCAUCCUCCUCCAAAGCCCAGUAAAAAGAUGUUCCAGGUUACUGCAAACGUGGGAGCUGCUGGUGAUCCGAAAGCAUCCAUGGGUAGCUACUCCCAGGCCUAUGGAACCAUAUGUAAAUCCGCACUGCAGAGUCUUCCCAUUUCCAAGUCCUCCCAACACCUUGAGCAGUGAACGUGGAAGCAUUCUGAAUAGGUGAAGAGCAGCUCUGCUCAGUGGUCCCGGAACUGAGCCCAUAACGGCAAGCGAGAGCAAAAUCAUAGAUUCAUAGAGUCAUGGAACGGUUUAGGUUGGAAGGGACCUGAAAGCCCAUCCAGUUCCAAGCCCUGCCAUUGGCAGGGACACCUCUGACUGGAUCAGGCUCUUUAUCAGGGAGUACAGAGAGAGGGCAAGGGGGAAUGGCUUUAAAUCAGAAGGGAGAAGACAGACUAGAAAUUAGGAAGACAUUCUUCACGAUGCGGGUAGGGAGGCCCUGGCCCAGGUUGCCCAGAGCAGUGGUGGCUGCCCCAUCCGUAGAGGUGCUCAAGGCCGGGUUGGAUGGGGCUUGGAGCACCCUUAUCCAGUUGGAGGUGUCCUUGCCCAUGGCAGGAGGGUGGAACUGGAUACUCUUUGAGGUCCUUUCCAACCCAAACCAUUGCAUGACUCACACUAAAUUCUAGGGUGUGAGUACCUCUGCAGUUCAUGGAAUAUCCAUUUAUAGUUUAGUGUCUAAACACCAAAGGUUAGUUAAGUAAAAAAUAGCAUAUUUGCUUCUUGUACCAGGUGCGGUCACUAAGUCCGGUGAUACUGGGAAUGCAGCUCAUGGGGAAGUCCUGGUUUAUUCUGAUACAUCCAUAAAAUAGGCAUUUCUUGCCUGUCUUAGGUAUGGCCAGAUAAAGGAGAUGGGAACGACAGGGUGAGCAAUGUGUUGGCUCUUGGGAGGCUAUGACGCCAGUUCUGCUGCAUGGAGUCGUGAGCCUCCUGUUUAAUCCAGGGUUGUGACUUCCACGGAAAGGCUAGCGCCUAGUAACUGCAGUGUGGCCACAGCGUGGCAUUGUGUCAUCCAGUUGCUAGGUGCUAGCCUUUCCGUGGAAGUCACAGGAUUGAAGGACAUGGAGCUGUUUGAGCAAGUCUAGAGGAGACCACGGAGAUGACCCGAGGGCUGGAGCACCUCCUGUAUGAGGACAGGCUGUGAGAGUUGGGGUUGUUCAGCUUCGGAGGAGAGAUGGCUGUGGGGAGGCCUUAGACCAGCUUCCAUAUGGAAAGGGUCUCCAGGAAAGCUGGGGAGGGGCUCUUGAUCAGUGAGUGCAGGGAUAGGACAAGGGGAAUAGUUUUAAGCUGAAAGAGAGGAGAUUGAGAUGAAAUCUCAGGAAGAAAUGUUGUCCUGUGAGAGUGGAGAGGCCCUGGCCCAGGUUGCCCAGAGAAGGUGUGGCUGUCUUAUCCCUGGAGGUGUUCAAGGCCAGGUUGGAUGGGGCUUGGAGGAACCUGAGAAGGUCAACAAAGAUGGGGAGGGUGCUGGAGAACAAGUCUUCUGAAGAGCAGUUCUGAGAGAGGAAACUGACAUUGUUUAGUCUGGAGAAGAGGAGCCUGAGGAGAGACCUCAUUGCUCUCUAAAACUGCCUGAAAGGAGGUUUGAGUGAGGUGGGUGCUGGUCUCUUCAACCAAGGAAGAAGUGAUGGGACAAGAGAAAAUGACCUCAAGUUGCGCCAGGGAAAGGUUAGACUGGGUAUAGAGAAAAGUUCCUUCACUGACAGAGUGGUGAAGCCCUGGCAGAGGCUGCCCGGGUCAGGUGAGGGAGUCCGCAUCCCUGGAGGGGUUCAAAAACUGUGUGGUCGUGGCACUUUGGGACAGGGUUUGGUCAGCACAAGGUGUUGGACUGGUGGUUGGGCUGGAUGAGUUUGGAGGGCUUUACCAACCUUAAUGAUCCAUGAUUCUAUGAAUGAACACCCUCUCCCCUACCCCAAAUCACUGAUAGAGUUACACUGGCAGGGAAAUGGCUGCUUGGCCAAGACGGUGUCUUAAAUGCUGAUUAGCCCCCCGACUCAGCUGAAAAAGAGUCCUAAACUCAAGUCUUUCUCCAUUAAAACAGAUCUGUUUCCUUUUCUAUGUCCUUCAAGCUGCUCCUUUCAGUUCACCCCAAAGUGAGGCUUCCAUCACCCUUCAGGAAAGACACCAAGAGCAAACAAUUACCAAAAUGUUUAGAAAAUGGUAAAUAAGAAAGCUGAGCAUGAACUCCUAGACAAGACCACAGCCACGGGGAAGGGCAAAAAAAGUUUGCUGUAUCAGGCCCAGUCAACACGGGUUCACGAAAGGCAGAUCUUGCCAAACUAACCUGAUCGCUUUCUUUGACAAAGUUACUCGACUACUGGAUGAGGGAAAGGCUGUGGAUGGAGUCUUCUUGGACUUCAGUAAAGCCUUUCACACAGUUUCUCACAGCAUUCUGCUUCAGAAACUGUCAGCCUCUGGCCUGGACAGGCGCACACUCUCCUGGGUUGAAAACUGGUUGGAUGGCCCAGAGAGUGGUGGUCAAUGGAGUUAACUCCAGCUGGAGGCCAGUUACAAGUGGGGUUCCUCAGGGCUCAGUACUGGGUCCAGCCCUGUUCUACAUCCUGGAUCAAUGACCUGGAUGAAGGCAUUGAGUGCACCCUUACCAAGUUUGCGGAUGACACUAAGCUGUGUGGAAGCGUGGAUCUAAUGGAUGGUAGGGAGGCUCUGCAAAGGGGUCUUAACAGGCUGGAUCGCUGGGCUGAGACCGAUGGCAUGAGGUUUAACAAGGCCAAAUGCCACGUCCUGCACUGGGGCACAACAACCCUGUGCAGUGCUACAGACCAGGAGAAGUCUGGCUAGAAAGCUGCCUGGAGGAGAAGGACCUGGGGGUGUUGGUUGACAGCCAACUGAACAUGAGCCAGCAGUGUGCCCAGGGGGCCAAGAAGGCCAAUGGAAUCUUGGCUUGUAUCAGAAAUGGGGUCACCAGCAGGUCCAGGGAGGUGAUUCUCCCUCUGUACUCGGCACUGGUGAGACUGCAUCUUGAGUACUGU